CGGGAGCGGGAAACAAAAGGAGACCAAGGACGCAUGCGUUUGGUGAGUCCCGGAUUCUGGUGGGUUCUUCCGCUCAGAUUGGGUGAAGCGCUUCCGGGUCGCCGCCGGCUGCCGCUUCCCGGCGCGUCUAGGAGCCAUGUCCACCUUGUUCCCCUCACUCUUCCCCCGUGUGACUGAAACACUGUGGUUUAAUCUGGAUCGACCCUGUGUGGAGGAGACAGAGCUGCAGCAGCAGGAACAGCAGCAUCAGGCUUGGCUCCAAAGCAUCGCAGAGAAAGACAACAACCUGGUACCUAUUGGCAAGCCAGCCUCAGAGCACUAUGAUGACGAGGAAGAGGAGGAUGAUGAAGACGAUGAGGAUAGUGAAGAGGACUCAGAGGAUGAUGAGGACAUGCAGGACAUGGAUGAGAUGAAUGACUACAACGAGUCACCUGAUGAUGGAGAGGUUAAUGAGCCUCCUCUCCAGGUGGACAUGGAAGGCAACGAACAGGAUCAGGACCAGUGGAUGAUCUAGGUAGACAAUGCAGGGUGGCCUCAGGGAGAUUCCAGGCCAGCCCCAGCUACCCUUCAUCCCCCUCCCCUUGCCCCACAGAACCAGCUGAUGGCCCUAGUGAGUGAAAGCUCACCCUUGGGCACCUCCUCAGCUGCUGACAGGACUUGGUCUCCUUGGUCCCUCCCAGGCCAUCAAUCUGCUCUUGAAUCCCCAGGGCCUGAGCCCACCACCCCACCUUCCUGGCCGGUACUUCACCCCUUGGUUGCCAGGUCUGGUCUCUUUCUAAACCUAUACAAUAAAGACACAGGAUUGAUUUUUUUU